AGGGGUUGUGUGUGUGUGUGUGUGUGUGUGUGUGUGUGUGUGUGUGAGCAGGAAGCCGUUCUCUCGUCUUUCUGCAGAUUUCGGUUUUGUUUGUAUUUUUCUUUCAUCUCACCGCUCAGAUGGCCACCAAGUACUCGGAGCUGGAGUUGGCCAUCAACACGUUGGUCACAGAGUUUCACAAAGCUGCCGAUAACGGACCGACCUUGAACACAACCCAGUUCCAGACGUUGGUCUCCAAACAGAUGCCUGCCAUCUCCAAGACGGUGGAGAACGAGGAGGGCCUGGGUCAGGUCCUGCAGCACAUGGAGGUCCAGAAUGGGCAGAACAUCUCCUUCCAGAACUUCUGGAAGCUCAUCGACAAGCAGGCCGGACAGCUGUUCAACGCCUUGCCCAAAGACAAGGGCAUCAAGUGCACCUGCCAGCUGCAGUGACACCUGGAGACACACCUGGAGACACACCUGGAGACACAUCUGGAGACACACCUGGAGACACACCUGGAGACACACCAGAGCCUGGAAAUGCCCCAAGUGAAACCAGUUAGGGGCACCACAUGAAGACAAAAACCUUCAGCUGGUUUUUCUUCCAGGUCGUCUGACAAUAUGGAAGACUAAUGACGACUUAUUGAUAAAAAAUUAAAACUGAUUUAAAAAGGGAACAAACCAAAACUGAGAAAUAUAAACAUGGCCUUAAAUCAAACAUAUGAAUUUAAUUUCCUGAACUAAAACAUUUGUUUUAAUAAACAAACAAACAAAAAUAUAUAUAACAUAAAAAAGACACCUUAUAAUUUAAGGAUUAUCUCGAGAACUUUAUUAAAAUUCACCAGAAAAUAAUUUUAAUGUCAUAAACACAAGAAAUAAAACUAAAGACAUUUGAUUCAGUUUUCUGCAUGAACGGAAAAACAACGGCAAAUUCUAAAGUAAAAGAUCUAAAUUUAAUUUAAAAAUGCAAUCUCUGCAUUUCUAAAAAAUGUUAUUUGUGAGAGGUUUUUAAAGCAUGAAUGAAAUAUUUGUAUUUUAUUUAAAUUUUAAUGAAUGAAUUCUCAGUUGUUUGAUGUGUCAUUAAAUCCUCUUCGGUCUUCCGUACUCGACUAAAAAAAACAGUUCAGUUUU